AUGGAAAAUGAUCAAGAAUCAAUCCGAGAUCAUGGACGACAGGUUGAGGAUCCUACGAAUUCACUGAAUAGUUCGAAAGUAACAAAAAGACCCAGCGUUUUUUCAAAGGGAAUGAGAAAGGUCACCAAAUCGACAUCUAUUUUGAACUUUAAUCAACUAUUAAGUAAUGAAAAAAUAGAAUCUCCCAAAGCAUUGCCACCCAUUAAUACUGACACCUCGCGAGAGCUUGCAGGUACAGAAGAAUUUCAAGCGAUAGGGUAUGAAAGUGUACCUAUAAGCUCCAAGGAACCAAUAUCUGUAAACUAUCUACCCGAAAGGACGAGAACAAGCUCGUUAGUUGCAUUUUCACCUCGUCAAAAAUCAAUUGGAUCAUUUGAGAACGGGACCUCUCAAGUAGCUCCGAAUUAUCCAUAUAUUAUGGAGUCAAACCAUGUUGGGAGCCGUUCAUCGCUAGAUCCGAAAUCGUUACACGAGGAUAGUCUAGCAAUAAAAGGAUCAUCAUUAGCAGUUUAUGGCCUCUCAAAAGAAGAUAUAAAGUUAUCACCCCCAAUAAAACCAUCAUCCGUAAGUACAAUGUCACAUAGUAUGAGAGAAAAAAAUACUAGUGUGCCUAAUUUGAGUGAUAUCCCUAACAAUUCAUAUGAUGCGACAAUACAUGAACCUAUGUUAUCACUGCCAAAGUUAGAUCAAUCGACAACAUUAAAUAAUACAAUUGCAUAUAAUCUAAAAGAACUUCCAAGGCAAACCAAAUUAGCUAGAGCUAAUAGUGAAAGGUUUAAUGAUCAUAAUAAUUUGAGUCAUUCACUACAAUCCUUUAGUGCUAUUACCUUGAGCAAGAAUCAAGUUCCUAAACCAGAAGUUGUUAACAUACUUUUUGAAAAGUUAUUGUCUACCAGAGUUUUUUCUGAAAAGGCAUUGAAAACAUUGAGAAGACAACCUAUUUCAAGGAAAUGGGAGUUACUAUUAAGCGAAAAUGAAUCUAAUACCGAUUUUAAUUUGAAAUCUCUAACUAAAUCUUCUUCUUCCUUUUUUGCACCUCCUCCUAAAUUUAACUCUAGGUCCAUCAGCCAAGAUGAUCUUUCCAAAUUUUCCACAGAUCAAAGAGAUAGCAAUAUAUCAGUAGAGAGUGACAAGCUAAAUGAUGAACAUGCAAAACAACAUUCUUUAAUUCAGACACUUCUUAAAUUAAAUACUUCCGAGAAGACAUUAGAUACAAAUUUCGAUAGUUCAAAAUACAUUUCAACGGGACCUAUAUUGGAAAAUGAGCAAACAAGGUUACCGAUUUCAAGACAGGGACAUGUGCCAUUAAGUAAAAAACAAAAGUUGAAAGAGGGAUCACCUGAAUGGUAUGUAUCAAGGAUUAUUUCAAAUAAAUUGUCGUUGAAAGAAUACAAAAAGCUUGAGAAGAAGUUGAAUGAACCUAUAUCAAAACUGGAAAAUACUUGGGGUCACAAAUUUAGUGAUGCACAAGGAGAGACUGCUUUGUCUGUUAUUCUUACUAGGGUUAAUAAAAAAAGUAUUAAAUCUAAUGACGAGCUCGAUAAAGAAUUUAUUAUAGUAAAUUGCUUAAAGAGUAUAUUAAAUAGCGAAAUUUCGGAUUACGAGGAUAAACUAGAAAUUGACGAAGAAGAGUCUAAUAUUAAUUCAUCUCUUGUGAUGAAAAACAAGUCCCAUGUCAUUAGGGCAAUGAUUUUUUCGUUGGUUUCUCCAAGACUAGCUACUAGGAUACUAGUAACCGAAGUUUUAAUUUUCUUGUCAUAUUAUAAAAAUGCUGAUUUUUUACCUGGCAUCCUUGACAGUAUGGUAAGUUUGCAAGAUUUGUUAGGUGAUUUUGUAAGAUUUCAGCCUUGGUUAAAUUCAGUUGAAUCAUUUCUAGACAAGUACUUCACAGGUGGAAAUAAUGCUAGGCUAGAGAAUGAAUUUAAUUUAAAAAACUAUUCCUUGAUUACCUUAUUAUUGAUUAAUUCUAUUAUAGAAGGCACUAAAUCUAUAAAGAUGCGUAUAUCAUUGAGACGGGAGCUUAACGAUUCCAGAGUUUUGAAGAUUUUCGAUAAAUUAAAGGUUAUUAAUGAUGAUCGGAUUAAUGAAGAAAUAGAAAAGUAUGAAGGUUAUGCCGAGGAAGAUUACAACGAAUUUUUUAAUUUUGAAACUCAAGCUAAGUCUGAUAAAGCAGGAGAUAUUGACGUAGACAAGUUGUUCGGUGAAUUAAAAUCACUGUUUCUUUCAUUAAAAUUUCCAGAAAAUUCUGGUUUCCAUUCAAGCAAGGAUUAUAUAAAAUCUAUUUUCAUGAAAUUUCUAAUGUUGAAAGAUAGUCGAAGGUCUGAAAUAGAAAUUACUCGACUAUUGAUUCUUAUAGAUUCGGUCUUACAUCAUGUUAUUACGGAAUCAUCAGUGAUUGGUGCAAAUGCAAACUCCGUUUUGAAUAGCUCUAUCCAGAGAUUAAUGGACAGAAUGAUUACUGAUGACACAGCAAGAUAUACGAUUUUAGAAACGCAAGAACUAGAAAAACAGAUUACCUUGUUAGAAGAACAGAAAAAAGAGUUAGAAAUAGAGGCAAGUUUUGGAUUGAAUGAAACAGUUGCAAAUUUAAAGAAAGAAAAAUCUUUUUAUAUGAACAAGAUUGUCUCUUUGGAGAAGCAAAUAUCAGUACUUCAAUUUCAAAUAAAAGCUUUUGAAAAAGAAAAAAUCAAAGCAUCAAAACUGGUUGAUUAUGCGCAACUGCCUACUCUAUCUACUGCCGGAAUUAAGAAUAACGACGUAUCGAAAAAUGAUGGGUUUGUUAAUGAAUUGGAAUCAGUAUUCUCGGGAAAGAGUAGCAAAUCUAUAGGGGAGCUUCAUGCAGUUGGUCAUGGGACGAACUCUUUGAAUGAAACUGAUGGGAUUCCAGUAGUUGAAGAAUCACCUAAAGUUAGCAAUUCCGCUGAACAAGAAGAUUCAUAUUUAUUACCUAUUGCUGAGGAUAAAACCUCAAAGACAUUGGAUUCGAGUUCCAAAGUUAGAUCGGCUAACUUGAAACCAGGAUCGAAUUGCUUAUAUGUACCCCAUCAUCCUCUAUCUCCUUCUAAAUGGAUGUCUUCAAAUACUUCAAGUCCUCAUUUUUCUGUAUUAGAGGAUAAGAUACAGUCAGAAACUUCAUUAAUACCUUUAGAGACAGAUAAGAAUAACACCCUUGAGCAAACGCCACCCCCACCUCCACCACCUCCCCUUCCAUCAUUCAUGAAUAUGAAUUUAUUAUCACCACCUCCACCACCAUUACCACUGUUUUUACAAGCCGUUGAACUGAAAUCAGCUGUCUCAUCUUUUCCUCCGCCCCCACCUCCACCACCACCACCUCCCAUUCCAUCUUUUUUGAACUCUGAAACAUCAACGGUUUCCAAAUCUACUAGUAUAGAAAGGCCUAAAACACCUACAUCCUUCCCACCACCUGCACCACCUCCACCUCCGUUACCUGGAAUACUAUCAGAAGUCAAUUCUAUAUCAAAUUCACCAGCAUCAGGAAAGUUAAGCUCGCCAUCAUCACCCUUACCAUUGACUGAGAGAGAAGCAAAUGAAAUAGCAACUGAAAAGAAGAACAAUUCUGAAAGCAUUUCAGAUGCAAUGGAUAAGGAUGCAAAUCCUAGUGAUAUUUCUCUAGCCAUAGGAAAUUCUGUGAGGCCAAAAGCUAAGUUGAAGCAGAUGCACUGGGACAAAAUCGAAAACAUUAAUAAAACUUUCUGGUCUGAUAUUAAGGAUGAUGUUUUAUCAGACAGGUUACUUGAAAGAGGUAUAUUAGGUGAAGUUGAGAAGGUGUUUGUUGCCAAAACUUCAACAAUUAAAAAACGAAGCACUCAAAUGAAUACAGCGAACAAACCUAAGACUGUAUCAUAUUUAUCUCGAGAUUUGGUCCAGCAAUUUGGUAUUAAUUUACACAUGUUUGCCAAUAAUUCUGUUGAAGAAUUAAUCAAUAAAAUUUUGAAUUGUGAUAAGGAAAUUUUGGAAAAUAUUAGCGUUUUAGAGUUUUUUAACAAUGAUAGUUUGAUUGAAGUAAGUGAUUCUACUUUGAGAAACUUUACUCCUUAUUCCACUGAUUUUACACAAUCUAAUAAAGAACCAGAAAAGCCAGUUGAAGAAUUAGAGAGGCCAGACAGAUUAUAUUUAGAAUUAUGUUUUAACAUGAGGCAUUAUUGGAAAUCACGUUCAAGAUCUUUGUUGCUAACACAAACUUAUCAGAAAGAUUAUUCUGAUUUGUUAAAAAAAUUGCAAUUAAUAGAUGAGGUCAACAACAGUAUUAAGGAAUCAGAUGAUUUAAAAAACGUUUUGGGAAUAAUCAGAUCUGUUGGUAACUUUAUGAAUGAUUCAUCAAAACAAGCUAUGGGAUUCAAAUUAGGCACGUUACAAAGACUAAAGUUUAUGAAGGAUGACACUAAUUCUAUGACAUUUUUACACUAUGUUGAGAAAAUUAUUAGAAACUCCUUCCUGGAAUAUGGGUCCUUCGUUGAUCAAUUGAGUUCAUUGAAUCAGGUUAACAACAUCUCAAUUGAACAAUUAGAGAAUGACUGCCAUGAUUUUGAGAAAACUAUAAAUAAUGUUGCAAGCUCCAUUGCAAAAGGAAAUUUAAGUGAUCCUAGUAAAUUGCAUCAAGACGAUAAAGUUUUAAGCGUAAUUUCGAAACCUCUCGAAAGCGCAAAACUGAAAAACACUUUAUUACAAUCUCAUUUAAAAAAAACUAUAGGUGAUCAUAAUACAUUAAUGGAAUAUUUCGGUGAAAACCCGGAAGAUUCUAAUAGCAGAAAUUCAUUUUUUAACAAAUUCGCCUCCUUCGUUGUGGAGUUCAAAAAGGCACAUAUUGAAAAUAUUCAAAGAGAGGAAGAACAGAGGUCAUAUAUUGCUAGAAAGAAGAUGAUAGAGGAUUCAAAAGCCCAGCGUGAUAAAAGACAAAUGCAAUCAAAUGAGAAUAAGAAUGAAGAGAAUGCUAAAGAUUUAAAUGAAGAACAAAGCAAGAAUCAAGUGGAUAAUGAAGAACUUCGUAAAAGUUUGGCUACUGAAGAUGGUGCUUCAAUGCAAAAAGAUGGAUCACAUAGUAAUGUAACCAUAGAUAACUUGCUAGAAAAAUUAAAGACAAGUGCAUUGACAAGUCCAUCAUCAAGAAAAUCAAGAGAAAGAAAAAGUCAAUAUAGAAGAAGUAAAGCCCUUUCUUUCUACUCAAGUAUGACACUAGAUGAUUUGCUAGAACAGUCGUCAAAUGGCAAUAUUGAUGAUCUGGCAAUACAAAAGGCCUAUAACAACUAUGAAAGUGUCGAUUCAUUAAAAAGAAGAAUGUCAACUAGACGAAAGGCGGAGACACUUAACAGAGAAAACAUCUCUCAGAAUACAAAUACUAUAAAUGAAGCAGAUCAGACGAUGAUCAGAGCACAGGCAAUGCUAAACCAACUAAGAAAUGAACAGACAGAAGUCACACGAUCUCAUAAUCAGCAUGACAAAAUUGAAAAUAACGAGAACAAUGUUGUCGAAUCAGUUCAUAACGAUGAUAAUAUCUUAUAA